AGAUAAAGCCCUCGGUGGGAAACUCGGAGUGAGGAAGGAGUGAGGAAGGAGUGAGGAAGGAGUGAGAGACUCCUGAUCGACGGAAUUUAUCAUAAAUGUCGUUACCGAGGUUCAGAUGGCAGUUUAUCGUAUUUCGUCCAGGCGGCUGCGCGUCGCACAAAAAUUAAGUUUCGACACGUGUGGCAGCGCAACUUUACUCGAAUCCGCGUAAUAUUUACGCGAGCAUGAGUAUCGUUACCGCGUCGGCGAUACUUGUCGUCGUUCUUACGUUCGCGUCCGCCUCAGAUAGUGCCGUGAAUCUGGAAUACGCGAGAUUGAUUAACGACGUCUCACUUGUUCAAUUAGACGGAAAUCUCUCUGUGUCGUCAAUCCUCAAAAAAUCUUCAAAGGAUGAUUCAGUUUUUAACAUCAAUCGUGAUUAUGUCCAUAUUUUACCCAUGGAGGAAGAGAAUGAAGAGAAUUGCUCAGAACGUUCGAUCAAGGAGUUCCCGGAAGUGUUCACGUACGAGCAGCGUCGCCAGGGUGUGGUGGUGCUCCAUAUACUCUUCGAUUUCUAUUGCUUCAUCCUGACAGCUUUCGUCUGCAAUGAUUAUCUGUUACCAGCGCUCGACAUAAUAUGCACACAGCUGAAUAUCAGUACAGAUGUUGCCGGGGCAACUUUCCUCGCUAUUGCGAGCUGCUUCCCCGAGCUAUUUGUUAACGUUGUCGGCACCUUUUUGACCGAAUCUGAUCUCGGUGUUGGUACAGUAAUGGGCGGUGCUGUCUUCAAUACCUUUGCGACACCUGCGUGCGGCGCGUUAUCGGCGAUGCACGCAAUACCAUUAAAUUGGCGAAUAUUAACUCGAGAUUGUGUAAUUUACUUAAUAUCGGUUGCUAUUUUGGUGAUCGUUAUGUGGGAUGGCAUAAUCAAGUUGUACGAAGCAAUCAUCCUUAUGGUACUGUUCAUCGGUUAUUUAAUAAUAUUAUUUUGUAGCAAGUGUAUUAUGCGUUGGUAUAAUAAGCUAGCGCAUCUAUAUACUUGUAGAACUCACAGUACCAAUCUUGCUGAAGAAGAAACUCCCAAAAGCAAUGGAGAAUCAAUGCUCGAUGGCUUCUACCGACCGUAUUUCCAUGGCGAGCUUGUGGCGGAAUACAGAAAAAGUGUAGCAAGUCGAAAACAUUCCGCUGAUGGCAUAGAGGCUCAGAAUCACAUAGAAAAGAUAGAAGAUUAUGUGGAACCAGGUACAAUACACGCAUGUAAUUUGUAUGCAACUCGAAUGAUUAGACUUAUGUUAUACUACGUUAUGAAUAAUCACCAAACUGCUUCAAAAAUCAUUGAGUCUUAUGAACGCUUAUUUUUAGAUACCCCAUUUGUAUGGCCGACUGGUGGUAGAUUAGCCAAAAUCUGGUUCUGCUUCGUUUGGCCAUUAAAAUUUAUAUUGUUUGUUACCAUACCGGACAGCAGAUAUAAACGAUGGAAAAACUGGUACCUAGUAACAUUUGUCAUGUGUGUCAUAUGGAUUGCGGUGUCUUCCUACUUGACGUCGUGGAUGACAACCGUCCUUGGCGACACCAUCGGGAUACCGGAUUCCGUGAUGGGUAUCACGUUUCAGUCCGCCGGUGGUAAUAUGCCGGAACUCGUUUCAAUCGUGAUACUUUCAAGACAAGGUAAUGGAGACAUGGCUAUGAGUAAUACAUUAGGCGCAAACACGCUCGAUAUUCUGCUAUGUCUUGGUUUACCAUGGAUGAUUAAGAUCCUUAUAGACCAGAAGGAUAUUGUGAUUGUCUCAGGUGCCCUACGUUUUAGUGUGCUCUCGAUUAUUGUGUGUGUAAUCGCUUUUUAUGCGGUUACCGCACUCUGCAAGUAUCACUUGAACAAAAAAGUGGGAGUCAUUUGUUUGAUAUUAUACGCGAUAUUUUUAGUUUUUGCAUUAUUAUUUGAAUUAAAUGUCUUCUUCCCGGUGAACUCACCAAUGUGUCCCCCUUAAAUCCGUUGUUCUGCAACACAGUUCUUCGCUAUUUAUUUAAUUGAUUUCACAACACGAGGAAGAUGAGAUUAAGUGUUACUGUCGUCAACUUUCAAGAAUGUACUCAGGAAACAAACGCAAUAACAGAAGUUCCUAUGGACAUUAAAUCGAAAGUACCCUCUUUCUUAUUCUUGUUAUUCGCAAACAUUAGCUGCUAUUUUUGCCGAGUUGCGAAGUAUAAUCCAAAUAUUUUUACACGAAAGAAAAAACCUUUUGAUAUCAAAUUACUGAUCAAGAUAUUAUUUUGUGUUAGAAUAAAAAUAUAGUUUAUAAUAAAAUUAGAGGUAAAA